AUGAAUACGAAUAUCUUAUAUCAGAAUUUUACAGGCGCAAUAAUCACCACCACAACAACAACAGAGCCAGCAACAACAGACACCAUUUUCACAAUGACGACAACAAUUGCACCAACCACAGAAAGAAUCACAACAACAACAACAGCAUUAACAACUAGCCCAACCACAAACACUAUUUCCACAAUGACAACAACAAUUCGGUCAGCAACAACCGAUAUCAUUACCACAACCACAACAGCAGCAGAGCUAACAACUAAAGACAGUGUCUCCACAACCAUAAUAACAUCAGAGCCAACCAUGACAGAUGCCAUCUCCACCACAUUAACAAACGCAAUCUCUACAACAACACCAGAGACAACAACCACAACACAAACCACAAAAACACAAGGUGGAAACGUGUGUUUUGACUGCAAUUGUGCAUUAAAUACUUCGAGUGUGACGAUGGGGAUGUUCUUGCUAGGUAACAACAAAACUGUCCUCUGUGUCAUGGAUACAGUAAAUAGUCAUAAAUGGACGAUCAUUCAAAGGCGGUCCUCUCCUGGGGGUCAGAGUUUCGACAAGAAUUGGUCAGACUACGAAAACGGUUUCGGGUCUUUGAAUACAGAAUUUUGGAUUGGUAAUAAGUAUCUACACGAGUUGACGUCGUUGUAUGGUAACACACAUCUACGCAUUGAUAUGACCACAGCCCAGGGUAAAUCAGGCUUUGUAGAAUACACAUUCUAUAUCGACGAUGCCUCACAAAAUUAUACCCUGCACACCUCUAACUAUGUCGGGAUGAUGGGAGAUCCUUUCAUCUCUACCGGAAGUUGCACGGAGUGCGCAGAUGGAAUGAAAUUUACAACCAGGGACCGUGACAAUGAUUUGGACAAUGCUCAUAACUGUGCCUUGCUUAGUGGCGGAGGGUGGUGGCACAAUGCGUGCCAAAGGUCAAAUCUGAAUGGACAGUUUGGACAGUCCGAUUAUUUGCACGGAAUAAACUGGAAUGGAUUCGUGAGCCUUUCUGUUGUCGAAAUGAAAGUUCGGAGACCGUGA